CCCAUCCUCAAUCCAAUCUCUAUAUAAACCCUCCAUGUCUUAACAAAUAUAUCACACAAAUCAAAUCAUCAAACUGUGGUUUCUUAAGUAAACAUGUUGAAGCCUCAACUUGAUCAAUCUCCUAUUGCCAAACCCCUCUUCCCAUUGGCCAACAAGCCAUUUCUCCAUGGAAAUGGUGCCUCGGCCAAUGCUUUUCUUCCUCUUCACUCAAGAUCCUCACUCGAAAAAACUCCCAAAAUUCGAGUUGGGUUCGUCCCCUCCAACAUCAAAGCCUCAAAGGUCGAUUUAGUCGAACGAAAAAUCACCACUGUUACGGCUGUUGUCACUGUCAUUCCAACCGUCAGUAGUUUGCUUUCUAGCAUUUCUAUUGAUAGCGGUUUGGAUACUUUACAAGAUGCCCUCGGAAAAUCUCUCCUGUUGGAGCUCGUUAGCUCCGAGCUUGACCGCAAGACGGGAUUGGAGAAGCCAACCAUCAAGGCGUUUGCACACAAAGCGAAGGAGGUGAAAGGACAGGCAACAUACGAGGCUGAGUUCGAAAUUCCGAAGGAUUUCGGAGAAGUUGGAGCCAUGUUUGUGGAGAAUGAACACCACAAGGAGAUGUUUUUAAAGGAUAUUGUCCUUGAUGGGUUUGACACCGGUAAGGUGAAGAUAAUAUGUGGCUCAUGGGUUCAGCCUAAGAGCGAUAAGACGCAGAAGAAGAGAGUCUUCUUUGCAGCAAAGUCAUACUUGCCAUCAAACACGCCGAAUGGAUUGAGGAGAUUGAGAGAAGAAGAGCUUGAGAAACUACGAGGCAACGGACAAGGAGAGCGCAAGAACAGUGAGAGAAUUUACGACUAUGAUGUGUACAAUGAUCUUGGAAACCCUGAUAAGAGCGGAGAUUUGGCUCGACCGGUGCUUGGCGGGAAGCAACACCCUUACCCUAGACGCUGCCGAACGGGGCGGCCUCGGUGUAAAAAAGAUCCAAGUUCAGAGAAAUUAGCAACCAGCACGAUCUACGUACCGAGGGAUGAAGCCUUCUCAGACAUAAAAGAGCUCACAUUUUCAGCAAAAACACUCUACUCAGCCUUGCAUGCUUUAAUUCCAGCCAUCCAAACUGCCAUCGUUGACACCAAUUUAGGCUUUCCAUACUUCACCGCCAUAGAUAACCUCUUCAACGAAGGCAUUCAGUUGCCCCCACUCACUAAACAAGGCUUCUGGAAAACACUCAUUCCCAGAUUAGUCAAAGCCAUUGAGGAUACCAGUGAAGAUGUGUUGCGCUUUGAGACCCCUGACACCAUGGCCAGAGACAGAUUUUUUUGGUUCAGCGAUGAAGAAUUUGCUCGCCAAACCCUAGCUGGUCUCAACCCCUUAUGCAUAAAAUUGAUUACGGAAUGGCCAUUGAAAAGCACACUGGACCCUCAAGUGUAUGGCCCCCCUGAAUCAAAAAUCACCACAGAAAUCAUUGAGCGAGCAAUCAAAGGCUUCAUGACUAUUGACGAGGCCAUAAAACAAAAGAAGCUCUUCAUUCUAGAUUACCAUGACUUGAUGCUACCAUACGUUAAGAAAGUGAGAACCCAAGAGAACACAACGCUUUAUGGAUCUCGCACGGUGUUUUUCCUAACCCCUGGUGGCACGUUGAGGCCUCUGGCCAUCGAGCUCGUUCGGCCACCGAUGGACGGCAAACCCCAGUGGAAAGAAGUGUACACUCCCUGUUGGUACUCCACAGGUUGCUGGCUAUGGAGGUUGGCUAAAGCUCAAGUCGUCGCCAUUGACUCUGGUUAUCACCAACUUGUUAGCCACUGGCUAAGAACUCAUUGCUGCACAGAGCCUUACAUAAUUGCCACGAACCGGCAUCUCAGUGUGAUGCACCCAAUCUAUAGAUUAUUGCACCCCCAUUUCCGGUACACAAUGGAGAUCAAUGCCCUAGCUCGAGAAAAGCUAAUCAAUGCCGAUGGUAUCAUUGAAACCAGUUUCUCACCAGGCAAGUACUCCAUGGAGCUCAGCUCUGCUGUAUACGAUGCCGUCUGGCGUUUCGAUCACGAGGCCUUGCCCCAAGAUCUAAUUAGCAGAGGGAUGGCUGUGGAAGAUCCAAAUUCUCCUCAUGGCCUAAAGCUAACAAUUGAAGACUACCCUUACGCCAACGAUGGACUUGUUCUCUGGGACGCAUUAAAACAGUGGAUGACAGAUUAUGUGAACCACUAUUAUCCCGAUCCAAAACUUGUAGCCUCCGAUCAAGAGCUCCAGGCAUGGUGGAAAGAGAUCAAGAACGUUGGACAUGGAGAUAAGAAGGACGCGACAUGGUGGCCUGAGCUCAAAACCCCGAAAGAUUUAGUCCAUAUCGUCACAACCAUUGCCUGGGUGGCCUCCGGUCACCACGCCGCCGUGAACUUCGGUCAGUAUUCAUAUGCAGGAUAUUUUCCCAACCGGCCAACAAUUGCAAGAAUCAAUAUGCCUACAGAGGAUCGCUCGGAAGAGGGAUGGAAAUUCUUAAUGGAGAAGCCGGAAGUUGUGCUUUUGAGAUGCUUUCCUUCGCAGGUUCAGGCGUCGGUGGUGAUGACGGUGCUGGAUGUGCUGUCCAAUCACUCUCCCGAUGAGGAGUAUUUGGGGCAGCUGGCGGAGCCGGCCUGGGAAGACGAUCCGAUAGUGAAAAGUGCUUUCGAGAAAUUUAAUGGGAAGUUGAUGGAGUUUGAGGGAAUUGUGGAUGCGAGGAAUGGGAAUACGAAGUUGAAGAACAGAAAUGGAGCUGGGGUUUUGCCGUAUGAGUUGUUGAAGCCAUUUUCGGAAUCCGGAGUCACAGGGAAAGGAGUUCCUUACAGUAUUUCCAUCUAGGCUUGUAAUUUUCAGAGAGAAAUAAUAGACGAGGUGUUUAAAUUCUCAAAUAAUGCAUGAAAAUGCUAUAUUUAAAGUUAUUUUA